CACUUUUCCCCUUUCGCACGCAGCCCUUCCGUGCAGGAUUAUAGUUCUGUGAGAUAUAAUGUGCUAUACGUGCGGAUCCAUGCCUCCCACGUCUUGCUAAAAAUAGCCUAGGCUCAGGGUACCACGAGUCCGAACGAUGAAGUAUUUGUUUGUUUCUCCCUCCCAGCACGUGUAACGGUUAAUCUCAAGCGAACGGCAUAUUCUGCACCGAUAGCGGCACGGCCGUGAUAGACAACGGCGGGCGCCACGUUUGCAUUUAAGGGUGCGCAGCCAAUGCGCGACGGGUAUAUUGCUAUCGAUGUUCCACCACGCACGCCUCGCGCGCCAAAGUGCUUGAAUUCACAUGUGCACAGCAGGCGCCAGCAAUCUAUCAUGUGGAGAUUGGCGCCGGUAGCGGACCGUCUCGCGAGGCUACACAGACGUGGAGCACAUGGCGAAAGUCAGCCUGGACCGCGCGCGGCUCGGAGCGCACCGCUCCAAGGUUCCUGCGGGCUGGAGAUGGUGUGUAUUUCGCGAAGCCCUGCAAGGCUGCCGCGUGUAACCUCGGGCCUAAGGCAUAUUUUCCGAUUGCGAAGGCGCGUGGUCGUGCCACAGCUUCCACGAAGCGAGUGUGCUACAGCUGUGACGGCGAGAAGGUUCAAAGGGUGUUGGGCGGUGGGAAUUCACCAUUCCGUAAAGGGAUAGUAGACUCCAGUGGCUGUUCUUUUGUAGCAUUUCAAGGCCAGCAAUGAGGCGUGACCCAGCGUGACCCAGUGUGGCUGUUUCUGGAGGGGGGACAACAUUCGCGGGG